AACAUGGAUGUAAACAAAUUUGUGCCCAACAUUUUUGAGAAAUAAGCUUUUUGUGAGUAUGGAACAUUUUUGGGACCUUUUACUUCAGCUCUUGAAGCAUGGGACCAACACUUUACAUGUUGCGUUUAGAUUUUUGUUCAGAAUACAUGACGUGUCCAUAAUAAAAUGCCCAGCGAUGACACACGGCUCCAACUACUACUAACUAUCACAUGGAAUUCUGAAAGAGACUUGGGAAGUUUCGAUUCAUGGUGAGUCACCACAGUACUCGUGGUCACCAGCGCCGGGAGAGAGACGCCAGUCACGCCACCCUCCCAGCACUGUGCUGUGUAUGAUUGCCGCGAUGCAGGCAGGCUAUUCGUCCAAGGAAUAGGAUCGUAGUAGGAACACUUUAGAGAACAGGUGGUCGGUAAAACGUUAACGUUUAGACGGUAUGAAGAGACGAUGAAGAUUAUUGCUGUCUGCUUGUUUGGAAUACAAUCUUUUUGACACCAAAGGAAAUUCAUAAUUGGAACAUCUACAAAGUAGUAAGGAAUACACCUCAACGGAAGUACAUCGGGAUUCGGGAACUAAUAUGAAAGUGACAGUGUGUUUUGGGAGGACCAGGGUGGUGGUUCCUUGUGGCAAUGGAACUAUUAAAGUCCACAGUCUUAUCGAGCAAGCCGCCAUGAGAUAUAAAAAGGCUAUUGCGAAGGAUUCUGGCUACUGGCUACAGGUGCACAGGUUGGAGCAUGGGGACGGAGGCAUACUGGAUCUGGACGACACGCUGUGUGAUGUGGCCGAUGACAAAGACAGGCUGGUGGCAGUGUAUGAGGAGCAGGACCCUCACCAUGGAGGCGAUGGCACCAGUGCCAGCUCAACGGGCACACAGAGCCCUGACCCCUUCACUGCCGUCACAGAGCUCAACUCCAGCAACAUGUCCGCCUUCCAGCCCUACCAGACCAGCAGCGAGAUAGAGGUUACCCCCUCCGCCCUGCGCAGCAACAUGCCUCUCCAUGUUCGGCGCAGUAGCGACCCCUCUCUGGCAGGCCUUCCCCUGGGUGACCCACAUACAGCACCGGAGGAACCAUCCCGUAAGAACCCCACACGAUGGUCCACCACGGCAGGCUUUCGCAAGCACAACCACCACCACAGCCACAGCCAAAACACUGGGACCAACAGCCUGGAGCGCAAGGGUAAGGAUGGAGAUGCGUACCGGAGUCUCCCUCGUGAUUCAGCAGCUUGGGCCACCCAGUUCCAGAGAGAGACUGCCCGCUCCUCACUCAGCGCCAACCACCCCAUGGUGGACCGCUGGCUGGACAGACAGGAUCAGGAGGAGGAGGAGGAAGAGGAGAGGGUGAAGGAGGAAGAGAGGAACGGGAGAAUAGAGCCGGUGGGGAGAGCAGACUCCUGUGUGGAACACUCCCCAACAUUAUCUCUGAAUGACAUGCUAAAGCUGGUAGAGGUGUCCAAUGUCGGCGGGCCUCUGGGGAUCCACGUUGUGCCUUUCAGUGCCACGGACAGAAGGACCCUUGGGUUGUUAGUGAAGCGUCUGGAGCGCGGGGGCAAGGCGGAGCAGGAAGGUCUGUUCCAGGAGAACGACUGUGUCGUCAAGAUUAAUAACGGGGAUCUGAGGAACAUCCGAUUUGAACAAGCCCAGAACAUGUUCAGGCAGGCCAUGCGUUCUCCUGUCAUUCUGUUCCAUGUGGUCCCAGCCUCCAUGAAGAGCCAGUAUGAGCAGCUCCCCCAGGAGGAGCUUAGCCCCCCAUGUCCGAGGGGGGAGAGGGGUAACCGGGGAAGCUUCACCUCCAGCCAGGCCUCGGACCCCCAGGCCCCGCAGCCCGGGGAAAGGGGUAGUCUGGUGGUCCACGGGGGGGUGGGGUUGGACCACAACCCACAGAGGAUGUCCUCCAGGUCAAGACCACACCCCAUUCCCAUCCCCAACAUCAAACACCAGAACCAUGGUCCUCUACCACAGCGUGUACCAGACCAGCGCUUCUCCACCUCGCUACCUCACAGCGGAAGCAACAACGUCUCCUCGGCCCCCUCUCCAUCCCUGCAGAGGAAAGUCAGUGCCAACCCUACUGCAGGCUACUUCAAGAAAACAGGCCGGAGACUUAACAUCCAGCUGAAGAAAGGUCCUGAGGGUCUUGGAUUCAGCAUCACAUCACGUGACGUCCCCAUAGGAGGCUCCGCCCCCAUCUAUGUCAAGAACAUCCUGGCUCGGGGUGCUGCUAUCCAAGAUGGCCGCCUGAAGGCUGGCGACCAGCUGCAAGAGGUGAAUGGGGUAGACCUGAAUGGGAGGAGUCAGGAGGAGGUGGUAGCUCUACUCAGGGUCACCCCCAUGGGAGGAACAGUCAGUCUGCUAGUCCUACGCCAAGAGGACUCCUAUCUACCUAGAGAAGUGAAGUCAGAAGAAGAGGACCUGGUGUUGACCCCAGAUGGUACCAGGGAGUUCCUGACCUUUGAGAUCCCUCUGAGUGACUCGGGGUCGGCAGGUCUGGGGGUCAGCGUCAAGGGCAACCGCUCCAAGGAGAACCACGCCGACCUGGGCAUCUUUGUCAAGUCCAUCAUCAACGGAGGAGCCGCCUGCAAGGAUGGCCGACUGAGAGUCAACGACCAGCUGAUUGCCGUCAAUGGCGAGUCGUUGCUAGGGACGCCCAACCAGGAUGCCAUGGAAAUGCUUCGCCUGUCCAUGUCGACGGAGGGCAACAAACGAGGGAUGAUCCAACUCAUCGUUGCCAGGAGGGUUGCCAAGAGCAACGAGGAGGUUCCAGGAAGCUCAUGGGAGGAGGAGCAGCCUCUGACAGACCCUCUGGACGACCAUGAGCGCCACAUCUCCCACUCCAUGUUCGGGACCAUAGAGUGCAUGGACGACCAGCCCUCCAUGCCGCCACGCAAUGUCAUGAUGGGACCGCGCAUGAUGGGUAACUACCAGCUGUCUCCGACUGUGAACAUGCCCCAGGACGACACCGUCAUGAUCGAAGAUGAUAGGCCACCUGUGGUCCCCGCCCACAUGUCUGACCAAUCGUCCUCCAGCUCCCACGAUGACGUGGGCUUUGCUGCAGAUAACCCAGUGACUUGGGCCCAGGACGUGCCAAACCAAAAUGAGUGCUCCCUCAGUCCGGACACAGAAGACCCAGAAGACUCCUUUCAGAGGGAGGGGUUUGGACGCCAGAGCAUGUCAGAGAAACGCACCAAACAGUUUGGCGACAAUGCCAAUCAGCUUGAGAUCAUCAAGACGCGCAAGUCCAAGAGCAUGGACCUAGUAUCAGACGAGUUUAACCCCCACCUCACCCCCAGCACAGAAAACAUGGAAGGCUCUUCGACAGGUGAAACAAUUGGUCCCUCUCUGGGCCUGAAGAAGUCCAGCUCCCUGGAGAGCCUCCAGACUGCCGUUGCCGAGGUUACACUCAACGGGGAAAUUAACCUCCACAGGCCACGCCCACGAAUCAUCAGGGGGCGGGGCUGCAACGAGAGCUUCCGGGCAGCCAUCGACAAAUCAUACGACAGGCCAGGAGUAAUCGUUACUGCUAUGGAUGAGUGUGACCUGAAGGGAAUGGAGACAUUGGAGGAGGACACUGAGGGGAGUUCUCGGUCAGGCCGGGACUCCAUAUCUACGGCCACCGACCUGACCCUGCCACCCGGAAACUCUGUCACCAUGGAGAGGCAGGUGAAUGGCAACGGUGAUAAAAAGAGGGUGAAGAGCGUGAGGGACAAGAAGAAGCCUGAGAGAGAUAAAGAAAAGGAGAAAGAAAAAGAGAAAGAAAAAAACAAAGCCAAGAAAGGGUUGCUCCUGAAGGGCCUGGGAGAUAUGUUCAGGUUUGGGAAGCACCGCAAUGGAGACAAGAUGGAGCGUAAGGGGUCGAGUAAAUCUAAGAUGGAGGACACACAGGCGUCUGAGGAGGAGAUGCUACGGAUGAAACUGGAGCAGGAGAGGAUCCAGGCGAAGACGAGGGAGUUCCGUGAACGUCAAGCGUCGGUGGCGAGGGAGAGGGAGUACGCUGAGAUCCUGGACAUCAACCCCAACCUGAACUGCACCUUCAGUUCCAACGAGGAUGAGGAGCACCCCUACGCAGGCAUCGGCUCCCUGGACGGGUCAUCCGAAGACAGCAGACAGGAGCCCCACCAAGGGCCCCAGCCCCCCCAGGACAGCGGUCCAGACCAGCCCGACCUUGAAGCCCUCUAUGCCCAGGUCAACAAGCCUCGCAACGGACACCCUCCCUCAGCUGACAGCAACCGACUGGCGCCUAGUAACCAUGACCGGAUACGGCGUCUGAGGGUUGAGUUCCAGCAGGCCAGAGGAGAGGAGGACCCUGAUGACCGACGGCGCACAUACAGCUUCGAGCAGCCCUGGGCUAACUCGGGGACCCAUACCCUGACCGGACACCAAUCUGUGUCUGUGGAGUCACAGGUGCAGAGACCGAGACAAGACAAGAGACGAGACUCAUUUACACAGGCCCAAAGACAGUAUAGUUCCCUGCCACGGCAACCUCGUAAGACCCCCAGCACAGUGUCCCAGGAGUCGUGUGACAAAGCCUUCCCGCCGGGCGAGGUCUUCCAGACGGCCAAGGAGAACCCCCGCUACUCCAGCUACCAGGGCUCCAGGAAUGGCUACCUGCACAGUGGGGCCAGUGGCUUCAACGCCCGCGUCCUGCUGGAGACCCAGGAGCUGCUGAGGCAGGAGCAGAGACGCAGGGAGCAGUCUGAGGCCAAGAUGAGGCUACCGCCGCCACAGGAGGGGGUCCCUGUCACCAACACCAGCUACGAUGACAUUCCCCCAGCCCCGACUCCAACCCUUCCCCCGGAUCCAGUCCUGACCCAGGCCCCGAUCCCUGUCACAGCCACACCCAAGGGCCCGUACCGCCAGGAUGUGCCCCCCUCUCCAUCUCAGCUGGCCAGGCUCAACAGGCUGCAGGGCUCAGAGAAAGGACGUCCAUUUUACUCCUGAGGGGCAAAGGAGGGAUAAGAGGAACUGGAGGAUGGAGGAGGGGUUGAUGAUUAUCAGCAGCAAUAAUAUAAGAGAGUCUGGAUCUUUUUAAAGUCCACUAGAUAUCUUUGAAUGGCUUCAACACAGAGGUUUAAUUAAUUGUAUUUCUAUGUUGGUGUUUUUAUAACAAACUUUACAGUCAGGAUUCUAUUCACCCCAAUCACCAGUUGUCUGCUCUGUGUCUGCCAUCGUGAUCUUCCCACUUUAAGUGCCUUGUGGGAAGACUGUCCUGCCUUAAAGGUCCAAUGUAGCCGUUUUUAUCUCAAUAUCAAAUAAUUUAUGGGUAACAAUAAAGUACCUUAUUGUGAUUGUUUUCAAUUAAAAUGGUCAAAAAGAAACUAAAAUAACUUCUUAGUAAAGAGCAAUUUCUCAAACAAGAAUUUUGAUAGGGAGUGGUCUGAGUGGGGAGAGGAAAACAGAAAACUAGCUGUUAUCGGCAGAGGGGUUUGGAACUCUUUCUUAUUGGUCUAUUAACUAAUUGACCGCCUGGCGAUGUCACCGGGCAGGUCAAAACUCCAUCCCACCAAAGCAGGGUGAAAUUUCAGGCGGUCUUUUCAAACAGUUAUUACACUAAAAGGACAUUAUCAUAAUUUUCACAAUUUCACAGCAUUAUUCCAAAAUAGUGUGUGAGCUUGUGUGGUUUACCACUUCGCUGUGUGAGCUUGUAUGGCCUACCAAAUCACGUUUUUGGCUGCACUGGGUCUUUAAGAGUCUAGUCCUCACCCUUCCUGUGGCUUGUGUAUUUGGACACCUUCAUCGUCCUGCAUUGUAUCUACAAAACAUUCUGUCAAUCAGCACCCCACAGUAUUUUCACCCACGUAACACCCAUGAGCAACUUCUGACGCAAGUGUAUACUCUCAAGUAUUUGUGUAUGACCUAGAUUGUGUUUGGGUGUGUUUCUGUAGGGUUCUAUAUGCUGCUGUCAGCAUGUGUUGACAUAAAGAGCACUGGGUUAACCAGCAUGUCCGAUCUCUGGGGUAAGACAACCCUACAGUUCCCAGCUACACUACAGAGAACAUUUCCCCCGGGACUAUGACACCCUUCUUAUUUAAACUCAGCCUCGCAUGCUCUCUCUCUCUCUCUAGCAUUUUAUCCUCUACCCUUGUUUUUUGUUCUCCUUUCUUUUGUAGUUCUCCUCCUCUCCUCCUCAACCAGAGGUAGAGCUUUAGAUCUUAUUUCACUGUGGGGUUUCAGGCUGGGUUUCUGUAUAUGCACUUUUUGACAUCUGCUGAUGUAAAAAGGGCUUUAUAAAUACAUUUGAUUUGACUUGAUUUGAACUCCUUUCAUCUGGGGGAUUCAUCAGUAUAAACGAGGUCAGGGUUGGGUUAUUAAUUAAUGUAGCUCAUGAAACAUGUAUCUGUGUUGUGUCUGGGCGGCGCUAGUGAGGGGGUGGUGGAUGGGUUAGAGGUAGAGUGGGAGGGUUAGGCUGGGUCUGCCAUGGUGUUUCUGCCUGACCGUUUGGCCGUUUCCUCUGCUGAGUCACUGUAACUAAAGCCAGUCUGUAACCAGUCUGUCCUGACCCAUCCGACUGACUGCUGCUCCACAUUUUUCAUUAAGGUGGUUACCGGGAAACCACAUACUGUUCACUACAACGUUCCUGAACAGCGUCACAUACAGCCUCACAGCAUGACUGUCUGUCUUUUUCGAGGCCCAGCUAAAAAAACUAUCUCUGUUUCAUUUCAUUUCAUUCUACUACCUUUUAUAAGUAAUCAAUACUGUCGUAAUUCAUGUUUUAACUACCAUUGCCAUAUUUUUUUCUCAUCUGUGUGUGGGUGAGAAUGUGUGUGUGUGUGUGGGUGGGUGGGUUUGUGGGUGUGUGCGUAUGGGUGUACUGUUAACAGUGCCUGUAAUGUGAUGCCUCCCAUGUCUUUGAAUAUACCUUGGCAGAGGUUGAAACAAUGGGUGUCAAUGAAACGGCAAUAGGAGAGGAGUGAAGCGAAUAAGACAAGUGGGAGGUGGGAAUGAGGCAGUCUGUAAGGGUAGAUUGACCCGACUGGUGAUGUGUUCUAUUGCUUUCUCAGAAGUAUUCCACUGAGCCGCUGGAACAGACCAGGGCUGGAGAAAAGGCACAUUUGACAUUUCCAUCCUUCCAUAUUCACGCUCUCUCUUUCCCAAUUUUUUAUCGCUUCCUCUCUUGCUUUCUCUCUCUUUCGCUCGUCGCCCCUCUCUCUCUCUCUGACUGUUUGCCUCUUUUCCUCCCUUUCGCACUCUCUCACCAUAGUUUUAUAUGCUUCUCAAUAAGUGAUAUCGCCCUCCGUUCCAAACAUAUUGCUACCGUAUUAUUCCUUUCUCUGCUUUUUACUGUGGUUCUAAGUCUUUUCUGGGUUGUAAGGAGGAGGAGUCGGGGGAAGGGGGAGAAUAUUCUAACCAAACAGCUGGUUCUGGUGCUUGAUGUUUCCACAGUGUUCCACACGUUAGACGUGGAGGUGGAUCAAGUGCCUGCCAUAUCCAACAAGUCAUUUUUUUUGUAUAGCAAAUAUUACGUCAUGCACAUUUUCAUUCAUUUUUUUAUUUUAUAAGUUUAAGACCUUUGUUUGUGUCGUCUGUCUUAUUGACACACUGAUUGCAUUGUUUUGCCUGCCACAAAGCUAAUGAUUUAAUCAUGAGAGAAAAAUAGUAAUCCUACACGAUGUAUUUUUAUGACUGUUCCUUGUCAUCUUUUAUAAAUGGUAAUUAGGUACUAUCUAGGGUGUUUUCCCAAUGACUUAUGUAAUAAGAACAGUGUGAUUGGUUUAUAAGAAUUGUACCUGGUGUAUUAAAAACUCUAUACAGCCUCUGUCUCUGUACUGUACAUAUCACAUUUGACUAAAUAAAUAAAUAUGGAAGGCUGCUUCCUUCCUGGUUACAACUAA